AAUUUUGCCUUCAGAAUUUUGCGCGGCGACGUAAUCCUUGUAAUCUCCACAAACUUUUUUGGAAUUCAUAAAAUUUUCUCUUUUCGCUGUUAAAUGAAAGAGUUCCAUAAAUUAAAUCUGUCGGCGAAAUCAACUUUUGUAUCUCCUAUAAAAUGAUCCUGAUCUCCAUUCCCCUUACCAUUACCAAUUACCCAUUAAUCUUCCCCAUAGCCAUAGCCACAGCACUCAAUGGGCUUCUUCUCAUUUGCUCAAACCUUUCCCCCAUGGCUUCUCACAGCCAUCUUCCUAAUCCUUCCUAUUCUCUACACCUUGUUUUCUCUUCUGAAACCGAAGAAAAAUUCAGCCAACCAACCCCCAAGCCCUAGAAAACUCCCCAUCAUAGGCAACCUCCACCAACUAGGUGAGAUCCCUCACUAUUCCCUAUGGAAACUCUCACACAAAUAUGGACCCAUCAUGCUUCUGCAACUGGGUCGGGUCCCGACCCUGGUCGUCUCAACCCCGGAAUUAGCUAAAGAAGUUCUAAGGACACAUGACCUUGAUUGUUGCACUAGACCUCUUUCCCGUGGCCAAAGAAAACUGUCCUACAAUUUCCUAGACCUGGCCUUUUCCCCUUACGGGGAAUACUGGAGAGAAAUGAAAAAGCUUUGCACUAUCGAGCUCUUAACCAACAAAAGGGUUCAAUCUUUUUGGUACGUUAGGGAAUCCGAGGUGGCCCACUUGAUUAGCACCGUAUCGCAAUCGAUCCCCAACCCGGUUGAUCUAAGUGACUUGAUCUUUUCUCUAACGAACAAUGUUAUAGGGAAAAUAGCAUUCGGGACGAGCCACAGGGGGAACCAGUUUGAGUAUGGAAAGCUGAAAGAUAUCGUUGACGACGCCAUGACUUUGCUCUGUGGGUUUUCAGCAUCAGAUUGUUUUCCGGGUAUCGGAUCUGCUCUCGAUUUGGUCACGGGGCUGCAGUGGAAGCUUGAGAGGUGCUUUCGAAAUCUUGAUACGUUCUUCCAAAAGGUAUUGGAAGAGCAUCUUGAUCCGGCUAGGCCGAAGCCACAGCGCGAAGAUAUCAUUGAUGUUAUGCUUGGAUUGGCUAAGGAUCGAACCACUGUUAUACAUCUUACAAAGGAUCAUAUGAAGGCAAUCCUCUUGGACAUUUUUCUGGGUGGCGUAGACACCAGUUCUGUUAGUAUAAUUUGGGCAAUGGCCGAACUUGCCAACAACCCAAGAUGCAUGGAAAAGGUCCAAACCGAAAUCCGAACCUGCAUCGGAAGAAAACCAAUGGUGGACGAAUCCGAACUAGACAAGCUCAAAUACCUGAAACUAGUAGUCAAGGAAACACUCAGGCUCCACCCUCCUGCCUCCCUUUUGAUACCCCACGAAACCAUAAGGCAGUGCAACAUUGGGGGUUAUGAUAUUGCCAAAAAAACAAGAAUCCUAGUAAACACGUGGGCAAUCGGGAGAGACCCCAAGAGUUGGGAAAACCCAGAGGAGUUUUACCCGGAGAGAUUUGAGGGCAGCGCAAUUGACUACAGGGGGCAUAAUUUCGAGUACCUUCCGUUCGGGUCGGGCCGGAGGAUGUGUCCGGGGAUUAACAUGGGUUCCACUUCUUUAAAGUUUACUGUGGCCAAUUUGCUGUAUUGUUUUGACUGGAAACUGCCUGAUGGGAUGAAGGAGCUUGAUAUGGGAGAGGAGUUUGGGCUGAAUAUAAGGAAGAAGGUGGCUUUGAAGCUUGUUCCUGUGAAGUAUAAUUGGGAGGACUACAAAUGCUGAAGGAAUGUGGAAGGGGACUUUUGCUUAAUUUUCUAGUGCUUUGGUGCUUUUAAGUUUUAACUAAUGAACAUCCUUCUGUUAUUUGGUAUAUAUGUAUUUAUGUGCUCAGAUGAUCUGAUUUGAGUUCAGUUUAUUCUAUGUUGUGAGAAUAUUAAAUAUAUGUUGGCUACAGAACUUAAUUGAUUAAGUCAUCUCAUUUUAGGAA